CCUGGGGCGGCGGCGGCGGCCGGGGAGGGGAACUCGACUUCAUUUGUUGGGCUGGGCCAAGAUGGGCCAGGCCGGGGCUAAGCGGCCCGACUAGCCCAGAAUGCCGAAUCUGAACACGCUCCUCCUUUCUCUGCUCCUAUAAUUUCGAAUCUCUCGCAACGGCCGUUAGAGAGCUGGAGCACAAGUUUUAGGCGGCGCUUCUCGCAACGGCCGAAAAUUCCCCAUCAAUUCAAUCCAAUUCCAUUCGAUCCGGUUGUAGAUCAUCGUUGGGUGAUGGAGGAGCAAGCGCCGGCGGCGGUCGUCGGAGGCAGCGGCGUCAGGGCCGAGCAAGCGGUCGUCGGAGGCGGCGGCGUCAGAGUCGUCGCGAGGAUCUGCUGCCCUUGUACAACUACUGCUGCUGGUGCCUCGUCGUCGUUCAAGGUGGGCGUUGUGCGAGGCGCGCAUCCUCGAUCCUCCGAUGCCGCCCGCGUCUCCUUCACUCCUUCCUCCUCUUCUUCCAAAGGAGCUGACGGCAACACGCGCAAGGACGACCACAGGCUGGACUGGUGCUACCUCAAGGAGGAACCCAAUCAGCACGUCUUCCUCAACGAGGUCAGCCCGCUCAUCCAACGUCUUCUUCAGACCACCAGCAGCACCAACGCCUGCGUCGUCGCCUGUGGCGCCGCCACUGCCAAAGAUCACCUCUUCACGGGGUCACAGGACCAGCCAGGCGUAGUCACCAUGGCAAUCAACCAAAUCCUUGAAUUCACCCAACAAAUUGGCGGCUCUAUCACAGUCUCAGCCUAUCAGGUGCUCCAGGAUGCCCGCAUCUUUGAUCUCUUGGACCCCAAGGACCAAGAGGUCCACAUACUAGAAGAUGCCGACGGAAGGACUCAUCUCAAGGGCCUCUCCAAGGUUGAUGUGAAGUCAGUGGAAGAAUUUACACAACUGAGUUGUUUCGAUUGCAGCAAUCAGAAGAAGCAUCCUACUAAUAAAUCUUCUAGCCAGUUACACACUAUGGGACACCAAGGCCUGAUUAUUCACAUUUCUAGAAUGGACCAGCAAGACAGGCAACGUGUUGUUGCUAAGAUGAACUUCCUCAACUUGGCAGGCUACGUAGAUCCCAAGCAGAAGAAUAAUGGUGAAGGGGCUGCUCUACAAAACAGUAACAAGUCCAUAUAUGCCUUGAUGAAUGUUGUGCAAGCACUGAAUAGCAACCAGAGUUUUGUACCGUAUAGGCAGAGCAAAGUUACUCGUCUUCUGCAAGAUUCUUUAUGCAAGACAAGUGGAGCUGUGUUGAUAACCUGCUUGGAUGACAUUUGCUGCCAAGAUACAGUCUCAACUCUUAGGCUGGCCUCCCGUUCGAGCCAAGCAGUCAAUGGACAAUUCCGCUUAUCCACGAGUGCUAGAAGUUCUUCAAAGACAAAUGCUAGUUUGUCUACAAAUUCCAAAAACUCCUCCAUUCCGUUCCUUGCGUCUAUCCACAAACCGAAUUCUGCAGUAGAGGAGCAUCAUCGACCCCGGUUUAACAAGAGCGCAUGUCGAACUCCUGCUUCCAAGAAAAGGUCACAGCCGAUCAUCCAUUCAACAAAAAAAUCAGGAAGCUCACUCUCUGCUUCUAUGAAAAUGAAGCAAAAUGAUGCUAAGCCUAAAAUGAGUGCAAGAACCUUGCUAUGUCCAAGUACCAGUUCAUCAAAGGAAGAUGCAUUAGUUGUUGAUCCAACUGCAGUAAAGGAAGCCGAGGAGGCACAAUCAUCACAAGGCAUCGAAGUCCACGUUCCAUCAAGAGAUGAGGGGUUUGAUAAAACAGGAGACUCUGUAGAUACCAUCUCAUCUGAAAUACAAAAUGCGGUUUCAAGUAAUAUGCAGGAAGCGGGCUACUCCUUGUCACAUUCGCAUGCAGCGAGUUCAUAUACUGACUUGGAUGAGAUCCGCUCUUCUAAUGUACCUGAUACCCUUGUCGAAAAGACUCCGGUGAACACCAAUAAAGUCUCUCCAAAGCUGACCGAGCGACUGAGAGAGAUAUCAAACUCAUUGAAGCUUCUUAGCACUCGUCCAUUGAGCGUAACAGCAAAAAAAGGCAUGCCGAUUAACAUUGACGAAGCUGAACACAAAACUCCUGUGAUGCGUCUGAAAUUUGAGCAGGCAGAAGAUCCAAAAGAUACAUUUCAAGCCCGCAGCACAGGGAUCAAGAAAUCUCUAGUUGAAGAGUGCUUGACUUUUCUCAACAGUGCUAAUAAGGAGCAAUUAAAAAGCCUUAAGGGCAUUGGAGAAAAAAGAGCAAAUUACAUAAUUGAGCUCCGCGAGGAGUCACCGGAUCCAUUUAAAGAGAUAGAUGAUCUUAGAGAUAUUAUUGGAAUGAACCAAAAAGAGAUAAAAAAGAUGAUCUCUGGGAUCAUCGACUCCUAGAUCCAUGACCUCUGCCGGAGCGGAUGACAACGGUUGUUGUUAAGGCUGCCGAUAGUAAUCUUUCCGCCAUAGGAGUGCCAAUCUGUACUGAUGUGUGUUGGGUACCGAAAAUGCUUUGGUUUGUUGUGUUGAGUGUGAGAAGUGUUGUGAAUGAAAAUGAGAAUGAAUCUCUGUAUUCUAUUCCAUUGAUUGAUGAUGAUAUUUAUACAGGGUGAAAAGACAUCAAUACAUGCAUUGUAGUCCCAAA